UUUUCAGACAGACUGAGUUUCCACCGGAGCAGCAGGAGAACAGUGAACACUGAAGGAGGAAGGCGGAGGUUAAACUAGAAAGCAGGAGGGAUCUGGUGAUGAAUGUCCUGAUUAUUCAGGUGAAGAAAGCUCCGCUGUGAAGCUCAGAUUCUUUCUUCAGAGAGUCACGGGAGAAACUUUCUCAGGAUGAGCAACAUCCGGUUGGCUUCCUCUGCCGUCUCCAAGGUAACAGGCCCAUCACCAGGAGGCAGUUCCCUCAGCAACGAGCCUCCAGCCUUCGUCCUGCCUCCACGCAACGCCAGGGUCGCCCUGGGGGGAGACGCCCGACUGGAGGGGAAGGUGCGUGGUCAUCCUGAGCCUCAAGUCACGUGGUACAGAGAAGGGAGGGCUGUGAUUGGUGGAGAGCGUUAUGUCGUGGAGCAAGGUGGGCGGGGCACCUUCAGCCUGGUGGUGGGCGGAGUCAGAGAGGAGGACCUGGGCCGUUAUACCUGUCAGGCAACCAAUCGGGCCGGCAGCCGGCAGGUUACCGUGGAGAUCCUCCGGCAAGAGAAUUCUGGGAAGAAAUAUGGCCUCCUGUCCUCCAUGAAAACAGGGUGUCCCCCUGCUGAGAACAGGCCCAGUAUCUGGGGCGAGAGCCCACCAAAGUUCAUCACUAAACCGAGCCGAGUGUUUACUGAACUGGGACAGACCGGAAAGUUCUCCGCCAAAACAACCGGACGCCCACAACCCCGGGUCACAUGGUACAAGGGGGAGGCGGAGCUUCAGUCUUGUGGGCGGGUCCACAUGUACGAGCGCUCUGGUCUGCACUUUCUGGAGAUACAGGAAGUGCGUGCGGAGGAUGCAGGAAGUUACACAUGUUCGGUGACCAACAGCGCUGGAACAGCGACCGCCACCGCCGUACUCAACAUCCAGGGUGUUCCUGAUGACUCCUCCAGGACGCUUCACCCAGCCGAGGCCACGCAAACCAGGAGCAGAGCUGCUCCCAGCAGGCAGGAGGAGCAGCAGCCCGGACCAGCAGCCUGCUGGAGGGGCAGGCCUCCUGUACAGCCCCCUCUGGUGGCUGAGAGGAGAACUGCAGCCGCUCAGGUCCGGCCAGGCGUCAGUCCUGGUCCAGGUCAGGCCGGUUCGGUCCAGCAGCCAGCGAGCGGCUCAGACAGCAGCAGGGCUGUGAGGAGGUCGGGGUCCAACCUGCGGUUCGAGGCCGUCCCUCUGGACCAGGAGACCACAGAGGGAGCGCAGGUGACAUUCACCUGCCAAGUGUCGUCGGUUGCCGUUGCUGCUGUUACCUGGCUGAAGGACGGGGGGCCGGUGAGGACGGGUCCAGGUCUGCAGCAGAGACAGGACGGUACCCGUCUCACUCUAACCGUGGAGAGAGUCAGACGGGUGGAUCAGGGAACCUACAGGUGUCAGCUGAUCACUGCUGAUGGACUGACCGUUACCUCGGCAACAUGGACGCUCAGUGUCCACGAAAGCCUCGUUCCAGCCGGAGUUCGGUCCUCGUACGUUGGAGGUGUGGCCUCGCUGAGCAUCCAGAACGCAUCCCGGCGUGAUGAGGGCGUGUACGGCAGAGCGGAGAGCAGCGGGAGAGUUCAGAUCAAAGGCGGACCGCAGGGUUGCAGGUCAGAGGUCACGGAGGCCAGAGGAGCAUGUGAGGCUCCACGCUUCGUCCGCCGCCUCGCCGACCUGAAGGUGAUGGACGGCAGCAGAGUUACCAUGACGGUGGAGCUGACUGGUAACCCGAUUCCAGAGGUGGUGUGGCUCCAUGACGGGCAGGAGGUGACAGAAUCCGAGGACUUCCACCUCCUCAGGGAGGAGAACCGCUGCACUCUGCUGAUCCAGGAGGUCUUCCCCGAGGACACUGGGACCUACAGCUGCCAGGCCUGGAACCAGUACGGAGAGGACCACACCCAGUCCCAGCUGACUGUGGAGGAGCCCCAGGACGGCGUCCAGCCCUGGUUCAUCACCAAACCCAAAGCGGUGAGCGCCUUUGUGGGCCAACAUGUCCUGCUGUCCUGUGCUGUUGCCGGAGACCCGUUCCCCGAGUACACCUGGACCAGAGCCCACCUGAGCCGACCUCUGACCUCCGGAGGAGACUAUGAGCUGCUGCAGAAAGAGGACGUGGUCUCGCUGCUGAUCAGGAGGGUUAAAAAACAUCACGCUGGAGACUACCUGAUCACCCUCAGGAACGAUGUCGGACAGUGCAGCGCUGUAGCCCAUCUGUCUGUAACUGAUACGGACCGGACGAGAGGACGAGGAGGACGGGCAGGAGAGGACAACAGCCCUGCAGGAGGAGGAGGAGGAGCAGCCGGGGCCGCGGCGCUGAGAGGAGGUACCGGAGGAGGAGGAGGAGGCGUGGAGCAGAGAAGCAGCAGCAGCAGCAGUGGAGUCAGUCGGCAGUGGCAGGAGGCCAACCAGGAGCAGAAGGAGAACCAGCAGCUCCUGCACCUGCACGAGGAGGAGAACAAGAAGAAGGAGGGCGACCAGGACUCUCCCGCCGCCGCUCCCCAAGGCCUCCUCAAACGCUGCGUGGACACCAGGGAGCGCGGCGAAGAGGAGCUGCGACAGAGGGAGGCGCAGCAGCUCGACUUCCGCUCCCUUCUGGGACGGCGAGUUUUUAACGCCAAGAAAAACCAGGAAGAGGAGCCCAGGGAGGUCGGCCUCGCCGCCGCUGAGCACCGCCACCGCCACCAGAUGGAUUUUAAGGCCAACCUGAAGGGCGUCAAAGCCAAAGCCGAGGAGGACCGCAAAGCGAACUCCCCGCAGCAGGUCGACUUCCGCGCCGUGUUGGGGAAGAAGGGCGCCGCCAGCAACAGCAACAAACCUGCUGAGACGCCCGGAAAGAACGCCGCCGACUUCCGCUCCGUCCUCGCCAACAAGAAGAAGCCAGGGAGCCCAGAGAAGAACGGGGAGAGCGGGAAGGAGGCGGUGAACAAUUGUGUGGACGGAGGGAUUAACGAGAAGAAGAGCGGCGGAGGAGGAGGAGGAGGAGGGGGGGAGGCGCCGGAGUUCGUGGAGAAGCUGAGCGAUGUGACGGUGCUGGACGGGCAGCGGCUACGGCUGCAGUGCCGCCUCGCCGCCUCCGGGCCCGCGGACGCCACCGUCACCUGGACGCUGGACGGGAAGAUCAUCAAGCCGUCCAAGUUCAUCGUCCUCGCCAACGAAGGCGGCCUGUGCUCUCUGACCAUAGACAAAGCUCUGCCCGAGGACGAAGGCCAGUAUAAAUGCAGAGCAGAGAACUCAGCCGGCAAAGCAGAAUGUUCCUGUAUGGUUCUAGUCGACGACCCAGCAGAAAACUCUCCAGCUGACAAAAAGUCCAAGAAGGCGACUCCGACCUCCGAGAGUGAAGCCAGAAUAAAGAAACCGACCGCCAAGACUCCGCCCAAACAAGCUCUGCCUCCUCAGAUCCUGCAGUUCCCGGAGGACAUGAAGAUCCUGGCGGGGGAGAAGGUGGAGAUCGUCUGCAAGUUCUCUGGAGCUACGCCCAUCAGCUGCACCUGGCUGAAGUUCAGGAAACCAAUCCAGGAGGGCUCUUCUGAUAUCUCCAUCGUGAGCUCCGACAGCAGCAGUAAACUCACCAUCUCCAGCGGUCAGCAGGAACACUGCGGCUGUUACACCAUCGAGCUGAGGAACGCCGUCGGCCUCCGACAGGCCGCCCUCAACCUCACCAUCGUCGAUAAACCCGACCCCCCAGCGAGGGUCCCUGCAGCCUCAGAUAUCCGGCGAGCCAGUCUGACUCUGUCCUGGUACGGGCCGACCUAUGACGGAGGCAGCGCCGUGCAGUCCUACAACCUGGAGAUCUGGGACUCUGUGGAGCAGCAGUGGAAACACCUGGUGUCCUGCAACAGCACCUCCUACAACGUACAGAACCUUCUUCCAGAGCGUCAGUAUAAGUUUCGUGUCCGGGCGGAGAACAUCUACGGGGUCGGAGAGCCGAGUGCAGAAUCUGAACCUGUUACUGUAGGACUGGUGGACGACAACCAAGACGAGGGCGAGGCAGAGGAGGAGGAUGAAGACUCGGAGAAGGAGCCCGACUACAGAGACGUGACCAUCAGAACAGACACGAAGGUGAAGGAGCUCUACGACGUGGAGGAGAGGCUGGGAACGGGAAAGUUCGGCCAGGUCUUUAAACUGGUGGAGAAGGCGACGAAGAAGGUCUGGGCGGGGAAGUUCAUCAAGGCGUACUCUGCAAAGGAGAAGGAGAACGUUCGGCAGGAGAUCAGCAUCAUGAACAGCCUCCAUCACCCCAAACUGGUCCAGUGCAUUGACGCCUUCGAGGGCAAGUCUGACAUCGUCAUGGUCCUCGAGAUGAUCUCAGGCGGCGAGCUGUUCGAGCGGAUCAUCGACGAGGACUUUGAGCUGACGGAGCGGGAGGUGAUAAAAUACAUGCUGCAGAUCAUCGACGGAGUCAGCUUCAUCCACAAACAGGGCAUCGUCCACCUGGACCUCAAACCAGAGAACAUCAUGUGUGUCAACAAGACCGGCAGCAAGAUCAAACUCAUCGACUUCGGCCUCGCCAGGCGACUAGAAAACGCAGGAACUCUGAAGGUUUUGUUUGGGACUCCGGAGUUCGUGGCUCCAGAGGUGAUCAAUUACGAAGCGAUCAGUUAUCCCACCGACAUGUGGAGUAUAGGAGUCAUCUGUUACAUACUGCUGAGCGGUCUGUCUCCCUUCAUGGGCGACAACGACAACGAGACUCUGUCCAACGUCACCUCGGCCUCCUGGGACUUCGAGGACGAGGCCUUCGACGAAAUCUCCGACAACGGCAAAGACUUCAUCACCAACCUGCUGAAGAAGGACAUGAAGGCCCGGCUCACCUGUGCUCAGUGUUUUGAACACACCUGGCUGAAGCAGGACACCAACACCAUGAAGGCCACGAAGCUCUCCAAGGAGAGGAUGAAGAAGUAUAUCCUGAGGAGGAAAUGGCAGAAAACGGGCCACGCUGUUCGAGCCAUCGGCAGACUGUCGUCCAUGGCCAUGAUGGCCGGAGUCAGCGCCAAGAAGGGCUCGCCCACCGAAGAGGAUAACCAGUUCCUCGAGUGUUUGGAGUACGAGCAGAAGACGGAGUGUAAGCCGACUUUCAGCGCGGUCAUCAAAGACGUGGAGGUGGUGGAGGGCAGCGCCGCUCGCUUCGACUGCAAGAUCGAAGGUUACCCGGACCCAGAGGUGGUGUGGUACAAAGACGACCAGCCGAUCAAAGAGACCCGACACUUCCAGAUCGACUACGACGAAGACGGGAACUGCAGCUUAGUCAUUUCAGAGGUGUCCGGAGAUGAUGAUGCGAAGUACACGGUGAAGGCGGUCAACAGUCUGGGGGAGGCGACCUGCACCGCAGAGCUGCUGGUGGAGGUGAUGGCUGGAGAGGAGGAGGAGGAGGAGGAGGAGGAGGAGUAAAGCAGUGUUGGUCUGGACUCCCACAGUCUUCAGCCUGUCAGACCUGAGCAGGACAAACUUACCCACAAACAUCUGAUGGUGUUGUUGGAGGGGCAGGUGGGUGGGGCUUUAAAACAACAGCGUCUCCAAAUUCCCCAGUCCAACCCCAUUCUCUUUAAUCACUACACUCCCUGUAUACUUAAUCUCCUCCUCCCAGUGAUGGCCUUACCUACACCAUGCUGUGUGCUAAGCCCCGCCCACCUCACACCUCAGGCAAGCAGAGGCCCCGCCCCUCUCAGGCGAGCAUCUGAUCAUUAGUGGGUUUCCUCUUCAAGGUUAAUUCAUUGAAUAUUUCUUAAAGACAUAUGAUUGAAACAGGAUACUUUACUGUCCAUUCUUAGAUCAUUUUUAAAUAUCUCUUAAUUUAAAAUAAAAUCUAGCAUCAGUGAAAAUGACCCCGAGUAACAGCUGCUUGGUGAAGAAGAAGCAGCAAGCAAUCAAUGAACGUAAACACAAAUAUGUGUUUGUUUACAGAGAAAUCUCCACAAGGAGCUUUAACAUGCUAACAACUACAUUUCCCAUGAUGUUUUAGACAGCAGUACAAUGUCAGAGAAUUGUGGGAGCUGUAGUCAUUGCAUGCUAACGACGAGGUGGUAAAAUGUUAUCUGAGAAUAUUAAGAUGUUUCAGCUCGGCACAGAACACCGUGACAGAAAGCCUUGAUGAGGAGACACACUGAUGAAGAGCUGCUGGUGAAACACAUGAAGUACAAUCAAAUGCUAAUGAAAUAUGAAAACGUUUUUUCAUCAUAAUAAAUAACGUUCAGCCACAGCUCUCAGGGCCCCGCAGACUCAUAGGAGCUGUAGUUGUUGGGACUUUAGGUCUCUGUCUGAUGAAACCAUGAAAAAUGUAAAGUAUGUGAACCCGACCUGCUCCCUGUGGGAGUCCAGGUGAGUAAGAAGAUGGUGUGAUGGAAGCAGUGAAGAAGAAGAAGAAUGAGCUUUAUAUUCACAGAGUUGGGCCACUUCACAACAAAGUGGCUUACUGUAAGAAGAGUUAGCAGUUUAUCGUGUUAGCACUGCAGCUAACAGACAAAAGGAAGGAAAAUUACAUUGAUCACCUAAAGAUGAUCCAUAUUUUACUGAUGAACUGAUUAAAACUCACCAGAACUAGUUUCAGAUAGACAGCAAGCUAACGUUUGUUAGAAAACGUCACCCUUACUAAUGUUAAAAUAGGAUAAGAGGAACUUUUUUGAACCCACAUCAGAGAAAUUCACUUGUCAGAGCAGGCAGAAGUAGAAAAAUAUAUAUAUACACAUUAUACUUUCACUUAUACACAUAUGACCGUGAUGGAUAAUUGUAAUACGCACAUACUGUGUAGCAUUAUACUAAAAUAUUAAAAGCUAUAAAAUGCUCAGUAGCUAAUAACUGUUUGCUAAUUAGCAGCAGAGGUGUGUCGGUGCUGUGGUGAUUGAUUUAAACUGUUUUAAAUUAUCAAAAUAAAAAUGGUACAGAUUAAAUAAAUCAAUAUCAAAUCACUUGUUUAAAAAUAAAAAAUGUAUUGAAAAUAAUCAUUCGCCCAAAACUAACUUCAGAUAGAAACCAAAAUAAAGUUCUUAACAUGUCAUGUUAGCAGCAGUCUGAUCCGAGGGGAAGGAAUUAAGUGCUUCGUUCAUCUAAAUAUAUUUUAUACAGAAAAAAACAAAAAUACAAAUUAGUAAAACUAAUAAUUUGAUAAAAUAGUCAUCAAAAUAAUUAUUAGCUGCUGCAUUUAGACAUCUUGCUAAGCUAAAUUUAGAUAAAGAGCUAAUUAACAUUUGUUAGCUAACAUCAGCCUAACUGAUGUUAGCUUGCUAGCAACAUUAGCUUACUAGCAACUACAAUUUUUGCUGUUGGGAGUCAAAUAAAAUAACUUUCAACCAUUAAAAUCAACUUGUACAACUUAAAUUACACAAAUAUCUAACACAAAAAAGUGGAUUUAUCAGUUAUCAACAUUUUAAAUUGGAUGCAGCCCUAAAGCUAACUUAUCUAGACUAAUGUUAGCAUUCUAGCUAAUACACAUUAGCUUACAUUAUCAUAGAUUAGGUUGUAGAGGAGUGAUUUAAAACAGCUUUGAACCAUCGAAACACAGUUUGUGUUGAUUAAAUAAAUCAAACUAGUUGAAAAAUGAAUGAGUGAUUAAUAGGAAAACUUAGCAUCACAGAUUUGGCAUGCGAGGAGUGAAUUAAAACACUGCUAGAGUGACAGUAGCUUAUGUUUAUCAGCUAGUGUCUAUAUCAAACAUUAGCUAAUGUGCCCUUGGGAAUUAAAAUAGUUUUGAACAUCAUAUAUUAAUAACGUUACACAAUGAGCGAGCAAACUUGGUAGCUCAACCCCACUCAGCAAUGUUAGCACAGAUGUCAGGAUAGCCAGUCAUGUUUUCCUUUUAAUUCUCCCUAAAAUGAUUGAAUUUUAUUUGUUAGAAAUGUUUUAAUUUUCACAGCGUUCUCCAAGUUUUUAUUCUUCUGCGAUUGUGAAGCCUGGUGCAGUUGGAUUGAUGUAGUUCGGUGCACAAGAACACCAGUGACAAAGUUUACAAAAAACAUUCAGGAAAAAACAUGAAACCAUGCCACCAAGUGCCUUAAUGUGACCCAACUGUGUUGAUAUAAGGCUCAGGGUAUGAACCACGAUGAUGCCGAUAUGUGAUGAUGAUGAAUUAUAUAACGAUAACCCAUUUGUUAGUGUAUAACCUAGCUGCUCCCCGUUUGCACCUGACGUGUUCAGCUGAGAAAUGUUGAAUGGGUCAGUUUGGUUCUUCUCUUCUGUUUGAGCACUUUUCUUUCUGUCUUGUUUGUAUUUUUUGACUUCGACAGCAGUUUUAGCCCAAAACCAUCUGAAAGCUAGCAUCACCUCUGCCUUACGUUGUUAGCCUUAAAGCAGUGCGGCGACACUUUUAAUGACAAUCUGGGCGAUUUAAAAUGUUUGCUACCAGACAUUUGUCACGUUGUGGGACAAAAUAGGUAAUUUUUCCUUUUCGCUGCCUUAAAGAAAGUUUGUUACCAGUGUUGAAAGAAGAGAAUUUACAAAAAUCAGGGACUGUCUCUUAAAGUCUGUACGAAAUGAAAAAAUGCAGUUAAAGACAUUGUUGGACAUUUUGUCAUAAUUCUGACAUUUGUGUCUUGUAAAUAUGACUUCGUGUCUCAUAAUUACAUGAUAGAAAUCCCCAUAAAAAUAUCAAAAUUACAAGAAAAUAUCUUAAAAUUAUGAGAAAAUAUCUCAAACUUGCAAGAAAAAUAUCUCACAAUUAUGAAAAAGUAUCUUAAAAUUCUAGAAAUUUUCUUAAAAUUACACGAAAAAUUCCUAAAAUUAGUUGAAAGUAUAUCAAAUUGCUAGAAAAAUAUCUCAGACUUAUUAGAAAAAUAUCUCAAACAUCUUAUAAUCACAAGAAAACCUCAAAAUUAUGUGAAAAAAUCCUAAAAUUACAAGUAUCUCUGAAUUAAAAGAAAAUAUCUCCAAAUUUUAAGAUCAAAUAGUUUCAUGAUACAAAUCUUGCAAUGAUAAGCACUAUCUUCAAAAUAACAAGAUUUGUAUCUUUUAAAAACGAGAUGAAGACAUCUAAAGAUUACCAGUUGAGACACCGUCACAUCUUUAUCUCGUAACUAUGACAGACGCUUUUAUCCUAAGCGACUUACAUUUGAGGAACUUAAAGAAAAGACCUUCUAGUUUCUAAUUUGUACCUCAAAAUUAAUAAAUAUGUAUCUUGUAAAUGAGAUAUAGAUUUUGUCAUUUUGAGGUGCAAUUCUCCGUUUGUUUUCUUACGGAUUUUCUCAUUUUACAAUAACAAGAUUAAAACGAGAUGGUUCAUCUCAAGAGGUUUUCCAUGAAUAAACUCACAUUAUAAGGAUCUCGCAGCUGUCAGACAACAUUUCGAAUAUUUCGUCUCUGGUGAAUGCCGUGCACAAUUCAAAAAAUUAAAGUUUGUUGUUCUGUUAUAAGAAACAUAACGGCCUCUUAAAUGCAGUUUUCUGAAAACAAGUUAACUGUUUAAAGUUAAAACCUCAGCAGCUUUAGGUGCCAGAAUGUGACCUGUGUCCCGUCAGGUAGAAACAGGAUGUGAUUUAAAGGUGAGUUAACGUGUUGGUGCAACCGGGUGUUCACACUGAUGUCGAAGUCAUUUUCAUUUUUAUUUUUUUGCCACAUUCCAGCUGUUUGUUUGUGCUUUGAAACAAUUAUUUAAAGGCUUUAAGGGCUGAUUCAGUUUUCAACCAAAAACCAAAGAACCUUCUUUAAACCUUCACAGGUGUGUUUGUGUGUGAUCUGCAUUACGCCGUGUUACCUGGGCCUGUUUGUGUGUUUGGUGGUUGUUUGUUUUUAAGAAUGUUUUAAUUUUAGACUUAUUUAAUGCACAGAUUCAUAAUUAUAAUAUUUCAGCAUCCGUCUUCUCUGAGAUAAUCUCGCCAGCACUUAAUUUGUCACAGUUACAGUAAUACUAAACCAAGCAGUGACUCACUCCUAGACUGAUUUGUUUUUGUAUUAGAUGUAAGUUGAUUAUAUUGCUCUAAUUUUUAUAAUUAUAAGAGUUUGAUGAACUGCAGAUGACAUGUAUGAGAACACUGUGUAGUUACUCACAGAUACCAAAUAAAAUUUCUCACUAAACCAAA